CUGCCUCGAGGUCCCAGCAGCCGCCCGGAGGGAAGAUUUGGGACGGUUGUGGAGGACCGGAGGGGGGCGCGGAGGCCCAGGGAGGACCGCGGAGGACCAGGGAGGACCGCGGAGGACCAGGGAGGACCGCGGAGGACCAGGGAGGACCGCGGGGGACCAGGGAGGACCGCGGGGGACCGGAGGGGCGCUCGGAGGACCAGGGAGGAUCUGCGGAGGCCUAGGGAGGAGUUCGGAGGCCCACGGAGGCCCAGGGAGGACUGCGGAGGCCCACGGAGGACCUGCGGAGGCCCAGGGAGGCGCGUGGAGGAUCACGGAGGACUGUAGAGGCCCAGGGAGGACUGCGGAGGCACACAGGGGUAGGUGGAGGCUGUUAGGCCAUCGGUGGCGUGCAGAAGCCUGCCGGGACCAGUGGAGGCGCCAAUAGGCCGCCAAAGCCUGCAGAAGCCCACCAAGGCCCGCUGAGGCCUUGCUGACGCCCGCCGAGGCCUGAGGCAGCGGUUGGAGGCCGGCGGCGGCGAGUGUGCAUUUGUGUGUGUGUGUGUGUGUGUGUGUGUGUGUGUGUGUGUGUGUGUGUGCAUUUGUGUGUGUGUGUGUGUGUGUGUGUGAGAGCACACGAAGGCGCCAGGCCCCAGCGUGCUGACUGACCCUACCCACUGGGGACGCACUCCCUGGGGUCACAUCGCCCUCGCUGCUGCUGCUGCUGCUGCAUCACACAGACCCCAGCGGAAGCCCUCCCCAGUCACUCCCAGGAUCCCCAGGGCAAGACAGGUCCAGGCCCAGGCCUCCGCACAGCCUCCUAGAGCCGAGAUGAGCGAAAACCACGACGACGACGAGCUUCCUCCCGAACUGGAGAACCAGUUCAUCCUGCGCCUGCCCCCGGAACAGGCCUCCAGGGUCAGGCAGAUCAUACGUUCUGGAAAUGCCGCCAUGAGAGAGAGACUAAAAAUUGACCUAUCUCCGGAUGCACGGCACGCCGUCCUUCAGGUGGAUGACGUUUCGCUGUCCGCCAGAGUCGUCGAUUUGCCCUGUGUCAUUGGAAGCCUGAAAACUCACGACAGGAAAACCUUUUAUAAAACGGCGGAUAUUUCCCAGAUGCUUGUGUGCAGUGCCGAGGGCGAUCCCCGCUCUUCUCCAGAAGAACCAGCCCCUGCUGCCGGGGCUACGGCCCUGGGACGCCAAGGGGAGACAGGGAACAAAUAUACUUGGAAGCAUGGCAUCACCCCACCACUGAAGAAUGUCAGAAAGAAGCGGUUUCGGAAACCGACAAGAAAGCUCCCCGACGGGAAGCAAAGUGAAGGCGGCUGUGGUGGCUACGUUGACUCGAAAGAUGUGGAAAAGGAAGUGAAGAGACUGCUGCGUUCCGAUGCCGAAGCCAUCAGCAGCCGAUGGGAAAUCGCUGUUGAUGAUGAAACCAAGGCAGUCCAGAGCCCAGCCUGUAUUCCGGGGCUUCCGGUACCCACCGAAAUAAGUGGGCAUAGCUCAUCUGAAUGUGCUGUGCCUCAGAACACGUUCCGUGAUUCUAGCCGUCAGGAUGACAAUCAAGAGAAGGAUGAGGAUGAGUUCCGUGAUUCUAGCCGUCAGGAUGACGAUCAAGAGAAGGAUGAGCAUAAGGAUGAGGAUGAAGAGGAGGGGGAUGGAGAGGAGGAGGAUGGAGAGGAAGAGGAGGAUGGAGAGGAGGAGGAGGAAGAUGAUUUGGAAAGGGAGCUACAAACCAAGUUUAUUGAGUUUAGCUUGUGCGAAGCUAAUGAAGGUCGUAGUUCAAUAAUUUUGGAAAUUCAGAAGCUGAUUCACUACAAGGAGAAAAAGCUCCAGAAGAUUCAGGGCAAAGCACGAAGACAGAAAGAUCUCCUCAGAAAAUUGGAAAACCUGACCCUCAAGAGUCAUUUCCAGUCUGAGCUAGAACAGCUCAAGUUGCAGGAGAAACAGAAGUAUGAGCAGAUCAUUUUCCUACAGGAGCAACUGAAAUAUUUUGUGAAGAAGUAAGACUGACUCCAUCAUCCAGACUGAAGACUUGGUGAAACUGUACACUUCCCUCUAGUUACCGUAUCUUGAAUUAACAGUUUUUUCCUUUGAACAUUUUGCUAAUUGUAAUGUUUCAAGAACUCAGUCAUGUAGAAAAGGACAGUAUAAAAAUGUGAUAAAAGGUUCCAGUUGAUUAUGGAGCUUGGAUUCUCUUGGUUGAGAACUCCAUGUAUUGCUUCUCUGUGACAAUUCUAUCAGAUAAUUUAGCUGUGCUUAACAAAGGGAGACAGUCUAGCUUAUAAGACCCUACAGCUAGUUUGCAUUAGUCUAAACUGUUCAAAUAUUUGCUACAAUGUAGAAAAAAAUUUCUAGGUGUGGUAGCCCACACCUGUAAUCUCAGCACUUGAGAAGUUGAGGCAGAAUAAUAAGUUCAAAGUCAGCCUGGGCUACAUAGCAGCUUCCAGGACAAACUGGUUUACAUAGACCUGUCUCAACACAGAACCAAUAGUAGAUUCUGUUGAGAUGAAGACUGCUUUCAUGCUCAGGGAUUUUUGUUUGUUUAUUUGUUUUGCAUGUAACUGAAUUUUGUACUAAUGUUGGCAGGUAUUAUCCUUAUUCUAAGUUUCUCUAUCCUAACCUCACUAGAAAAGAUGAGGAAAAGCCAGAUGCCUGUAAUGCCUAUGAAAACUUCCUUAACAAUCCUGGGCUUUUUGGCAGUGUUGUUUUAAAGCUUAGUCUGUAUUCUUUAAGCAAAAAAUAAAAUUUUUGAAUGGAAAUAAAAGAAUUGCUAGA